GCUCUGGGGGUUGUGCUCACCCGGCUGCGAGAGCAUGUGUGUGUUUAGUUGGUGAGAUUUAGACCACCCCCCGUCUCUCCUCUUGCUUUCAGUGAAGAUAGCAGGUGGAUUCCUAUACUAACAAGACGACGCAGAAGAAUCCUGCAUCAGUCGGUGGUCCGCACAUCUGGAAUCAUGGGAGUGGCCCAUGGCAAGAAAGUAGAUCAUAAUCAUCAGAAUCAUAACUCUGGCUGUGCUCAACCACUUAUUGGACCUUGUGAAUCAGAUUUAGUCUAUGAUGUUGGAUUUGUGAUGGACUCCGAUCAGAGGCGGGGAAAAGAAGAGGAGUUGGACCAGAGGCAUCUGCUUCCCGAGCAGACGGACAGCGGUUACUACGACGAGCUCAUCAGGGCCAAAAAGAUCCACAAUCCCAUUAAAGCAUCCAAGAACCACCAGGAGCUCCACAGAGAGCUGAUUUUUACACACAAAAGAGGAGGACUGGAGAAGCCAGAGUUACAGAAAGUUCUGGAACAAAGGAACAAAAAUCAGGUCCUGAAGCAGGAGAAACAACAAAAAGUGGAGAAAUCUCCUUUGGAGCAGGAGUUAUUAAAGAGGCACAUGAGAUUAGAGAAGCUUGAAAGAGAGGUGGAGAAGAAGAGGGAGAUGUCUCAGUGUGCACCUGAGUUCAUCCAGGUCAAAGAGAAUCUGAAGAGCACAGCAAGUAUAUAGUAGCCUACAUCACAAAUAGGGAGCUGUACAUCAGUAUUAUGAAAAAGUUUAAUUAGCACUUGUAAUUUCCUAAUAAACUAAAGUUUUGAUUAAUAUAUUGUAAAUAUUGUGCACCAAAUAAUUUUUUGUUCAAUAUUGCAUUACACUAUUCAGUAUGCAGUACUAUAGUAUUAAAUUCUAGAUGUAACCAUUAAAGGGGACAUAUCAUGAAAAUCUGACUUUUCCAUGUUUAAGUGCUAUAAUUGGAUAUCAACUAGAAAAUGUGAAAAAGAUCAACCCUUAACUUACUUUUGGUAAACCAUUCUCUGCAAGCAUGUGAAAAAAUAGGUCAUUGAAAUUUGGCUCCCCUUGUGAUGUCAGAAGGGGAUAAUAUUGCCUCUUAAUCUGCACUAUCCAACCACGGCACUGCCAUUUAGUGCAGAGAUCAACUCAUUUGCACUUAUAAGAACACACAAAACUGCACAUUUUUGCUCACACCUACAAAGUGUCAAUUUUAACAUGUUAUAAUAAAUGAUCUAUAUGGUAUUUUGAGCUAAAACUUCAAAUACGUACUCUGGGGACACCAAAGAUUAAUUUUACAUUUUUAAAGUCAUGUGAAAUGUCCCCUUUAAAAUAGAAUUGAUUUCUUAUUCUGCUUAAUCUUUUCUUAUAAAUAUUAUGUAAAUAAACCAUUGUUAUCUUAUUAAGUUUUCGAAUCUAUGAUGACAUCAUAAAUCCCAUCAUAUCAUUUAUAUCAUAAAUGUGCUUGACAAAUGUGACCCUGCACCACAAAACAAUAAGUAGCACGGUUAUAUUUGUAGCAAAAGCCAAUAAUACCUUGUAUGGGUCAACAUAUCGAUUUUUUUAAUGCCAAAAACAAUACAUCAAUGGAAAGCUUAUUUAUGCAGCUUUUCAUCUCAUAAAAAAAAAAUGACCCUUAUGGCUGCUUUUGUGGUCCUGUGGUCACAAAUGGCACAGGAUUAGAUUGUUAAUAUUUUGAUAUCGUUCCUAAUAGUAUUUAAAUGAAGGGUUUUUGACAUAUGUAAAACAACUGAAAGUCUGUGUUUGAAAAUCUAAAAUUACCAACCACAGUCUCUGCUUUGCAUAGCACUUUGAUGUGACUUUUAUUUGCAGUGUACACAAAGAUUUUACUGAACACACAAUGCAUAGACAAGGAGUGUUUAUUCAUAACGUGCUACCGCCUGUAAAUCUUCAAGGGUACAAAUCAUUGGCUCUUGACUCUCCA